AUGCCAGUCGAACGGAUGGACGAUCGGUCGGUUGGUCGGUCGACAUUACUCCCAGGAAUAGCGAGCAAUUUUCCAUGCAUCAUUCUUUGUCCGAUAGUGCAGGCUUCCUCUAUGAUAGCGUUGCGCUGCGUGUUGGGUCCAUGCCAAUGCUCUCACGCUUCGUACGAUUCUCGCCUUCCUCCUCCUAUUGCUUCCGACAUACCUAUAUAG